AUGGAUAAUGGAAUAAAUAUAACUAAUGUAUAUCUUGAUGGGCAUGUGGGAUUGGACAAAUAUAAACUUAUUUAUUUUGUGAUUAUUCUUAUAAUAUAUCUUCUGAUAAUAUGGAGUAAUUCUACUAUUGUGUACCUUAUAUGGAUUCACAAAAACUUGCAUGAGCCAAUGUACAUAUUUAUUGCAGCUUUGUUAAUUAACUCUGUCUUUUGGAGCACUGUUAUAUAUCCAAAGCUUCUGGUUGACUUUUUAUCUGACACACAGGUCAUAUCAUAUCCAGCUUGUCUUCUGCAGUUUCACAUGUUUUACUCUUUAGGUGGUUCAGAGUUCUUACUGUUGUCAGCCAUGGCCUAUGACAGGUAUGUGUCUAUAUGUAAACCUCUGCAAUAUCCAAAUAUCAUGCGGAAAACUACAGUGAGUAUUUUCCUGAUCUUAGCCUGGAUUCUGCCGGCCUCUCAAGUCGCUGUACCAGCUGGGCUGAGCGCAGAUAAAAAACUCUGCAGCUCUACUUUAAAAGGAGUUUUUUGCAACAAUACAAUUUACAAAUUACAGUGUCAUGUCUCCAGAGCACAAAUUAUACACGAUACAGUGAUUCUGCUAAAUGUUGCUGUUCUCCCUGUGCUUUUCAUUCUUUUCACCUACACCAGGAUACUGAUGAUAACCUAUCGAAGUAGUAGAGCAGUGAAGAGAAAAGCAGCACAGACCUGUUUACCCCAUUUAAUUGUUUUAGUCAACUUUUCCAUUUUGUGUGCAUUUGAUGUCGUUACAAUUCAGCUAGAUUCAGAUUUCCCAAAGAGUUUAAGAUUAAUAAUGACUUUACAAUUAAUAAUGUAUCAUCCUCUUUUUAAUCCAAUCAUGUAUGGCCUGAAAAUGAAAGAAAUUUCUAAACACCUUAAGGGGCUGUUUUUUUCCAUCCAAACCAAUCUAAUGUGUUAUUACUGGAACAAGUUUACAGAAAUAAAUUUCUCUGUCACCUCUAAGGUUCCUCUUGGUUGA